AUGGGCCGCGGACCAAGCAUUUUGCGCUUUGACGCCUUCUCCAAGACCGUCGACGACGCGCGCAUCAAGACGACGUCGGGCGGGAUCCUGACGCUGGUGUGCAUUCUGACGACGCUGCUGCUGCUGGUCAACGAGUACGCAGACUACUCGCGCGUCGUGACCCGGCCCGAGCUCGUGGUGGACCGCGACCGCAACAAGAAGCUCGAGAUCAAUCUGGACAUCAGCUUCCAGAACAUGCCGUGCGACCUGCUCACGCUGGACAUCAUGGACCAGUCGGGAGACAUGCAACUGGACCUGCUCUCGUCCGGGUUCAGCAAGAUCCGUCUGGACAGACAGGGCAACGAGAUCGGGCAGGAGGACAUGCGCGUGAACCAGGAGUUUGCGCUCACGUCGUCGGACCCGUCGUACUGCGGCUCGUGCUACGGCGCGGCGGACCAGUCGCGCAACGACGAGCUGCCGCAGGACCAGAAGGUGUGCUGCAACUCGUGCGAGUCGGUCAAGCAGGCCUCGAUGAACUUCAACGAGAAGCACGUGCACGACCUGUCGCUGUACGACAAGCACUCCAGCAAGUUCAACUUCGACCACACCAUCAACCACUUCUCGUUCGGCCUCGACGACCACAGCGUCGCCGACUACAGGACGACGCACCCGCUCGACGCGACGGCCCACAGAGACGGCCAGAAGUACCACGUGUACUCGUACUUCCUCAAGGUGGUGAACACGCGGUACGAGUUUCUGGACGGACGCAAGGUGGAGACCAACCAGUUCUCCGCGACGCAGCACGACCGGCCGUUCCGCGGCGGCCGCGACGCAGACCACCCGAACACGAUCCACGCGCAGGGCGGGCUGCCGGGGGUGUUUUUCCACUUUGAGAUCAGCCCGCUCAAGAUCAUCAACCGCGAGCAGUACAACAAGACCUGGAGCGCGUUUGCGCUGGGGGCCUGUGCGGCGAUCUCGGGCGUGCUGACGGUGUUCACGCUGCUGGACCGGACGAUCUGGGCGGCAAACCGCCUGCUCAAGGACAAGAAAGAUACGUAG